GAGAUUGAGAGGGAGUAGGCGGGGGACUGCGGAGCGCACACUCGCUGCCACCAUUCUAUUCGGAGCCGCGCUCUUACAUAGCUCUCUGCACGACCAGCCGCUCGGCUUGCGGCCACCCAUGGCUCUUUGUAAUGGAGAAUCCAAGCUGGCCAAAACUGGAACAGAUGUUAAAGAUGGGCAGCAUCUCUACGAGGGAUCUGUAGUGAUUCUGGAUGCAGGCGCACAGUAUGGGAAGGUCAUUGACCGACGCGUCCGAGAGUUCUUUGUACAGUCUGAGAUUUAUCCAUUGGAAACACCAGCAUUUGCUAUAAGAGAACAAGGGUUCCGUGCUAUAAUCAUAUCGGGAGGACCAAAUUCUGUAUAUGCUGAAGAUGCACCUUGGUUUGACUCGGCCAUAUUCACUAUUGGAAAGCCAGUGCUUGGAAUCUGCUAUGGCAUGCAGAUGAUGAAUAAAGUGUUUGGAGGAACGGUCCAUAAGAAAAAUGUGAGAGAAGAUGGCGUGUUCAAUAUCAGCAUUGAUAAUACAUGUUCCCUGUUCAGGGGGCUGCAGAAGGAGGAGGUUGUGUUGCUGACACAUGGUGACAGCGUAGACAAGGUAGCUGAAGGGUUUAAAGUUGUGGCACAAUCUGGAAACAUAGUUGCAGGCAUUGCUAAUGAGUCCAAAAAGCUUUAUGGAGUUCAGUUCCACCCUGAAGUUGGCCUCACAGAGAAUGGCAAAGUGAUGUUGAAAAAUUUCUUAUAUGAUGUUGCGGGAUGUAGUGGGACCUUUACUGUAGAGAACCGAGAGAUUGAAUGUAUACGAGACAUUAAGGAGAAAGUGGGGUCAUCAAAAGUAUUGGUGCUAUUGAGCGGUGGAGUAGAUUCUACAGUCUGCACAGCUCUCCUAAACAAAGCCUUAAACAAAGACCAAGUGAUUGCAGUGCACAUAGACAAUGGCUUUAUGCGGAAACGAGAGAGUCAAUCUGUGGAAGAAGCUCUGAAGAAACUAGGAAUUCAAGUCAAAGUUGUCAAUGCAGCACAUUCGUUUUAUAAUGGUACAACAACGUUGCCAAUUUCUGAUGAGGACAGAACACCACGUAAAAGAAUCAGCAAAACCCUUAAUAUGACCACAAACCCAGAGGAGAAGAGGAAAAUCAUUGGUGACACCUUUGUGAAGAUUGCCAAUGAGGUUAUAGGUGAACUGAAUCUUAACCCUGAGGAGGUCUUUCUUGCACAAGGCACAUUACGACCGGAUCUGAUAGAAAGCGCAUCUCUUAUUGCCAGUGUUAAAGCUGAAGUUAUUAAAACUCAUCACAAUGACACAGAACUUAUAAGAAAGCUAAGGGAAGAGGGUAAAGUAAUAGAGCCCUUAAAAGAUUUUCACAAGGAUGAAGUUCGAAUAUUAGGGAGAGAGCUUGGACUCCCUGAGGACCUGGUCAGCCGACAUCCCUUCCCCGGUCCAGGAUUAGCAAUUCGCGUAAUAUGUGCCGAAGAGCCUUAUAUCUGCAAAGACUUCCCCGAGACAAACAAUAUAUUAAAAAUAGUUACAGAUUAUUCAGCAAGUGUUAAAAAGCCCCACACCCUGCUACAAAGAGUCAAAGCAUGUACAACAGAAGAGGAGCAGGAGAAACUGAUGCACAUCACUAGUCUACAUUCACUGAAUGCCUUCUUAUUGCCUAUUAAAACUGUUGGAGUGCAGGGUGACUGUCGCUCAUACAGCUACGUAUGUGGAAUUUCAAGUAAGGAUGCUCCACACUGGGAAUCCCUUAUGUACUUAUCCAGGCUUAUACCACGAAUGUGUCACAAUAUCAACAGAGUGAUAUAUGUUUUUGGGCCACCCGUGAAAGAACCCCCCACUGAUGUGACCCCUACCUUUCUAACAACAGGAGUGCUUAGUACGUUAAGGCAAGCUGACUUCGAGGCGCAUAAUAUUUUGAGAGAAUCUGGUUAUGCGGGCAAAAUAAGUCAGAUGCCGAUUAUAUUGACACCACUUCACUUUGAUCGUGAUCCUUUACAAAAACAGCCAUCGUGUCAAAGAUCUGUGGUCAUCCGGACAUUUAUCACAAGUGAUUUUAUGACUGGCAUUGCUGCUACACCAGGCAAUGAAAUCCCAGAAGAGCUUGUAUUGAAGAUGGUGACGGAAAUUAAGAAGAUCCCAGGAAUUUCUCGAGUAAUGUAUGAUUUGACCUCUAAGCCACCAGGAACUACUGAGUGGGAGUAAUAAAAUGUGUUUUAAUCUGGUGUAAAAGUACUGUGUGCAGCUUGACGUUUAUCCGAAACCAUUCCAAGUGUUGACAUGCAGUACUGUUGUUCAGUUGACUGGAGCUGCUACUGUACAUGACAUCUGAUUCCGUUUGCAGAGCCUGCACCUAAAGUAAACUUAAGUUGGGGCAUACUUUUAAUGGGGCAGAGGACUUGUACGGGUAACAAUAACGGCAGCAUUUGCCUGAGGGCAAACAACUCUUUCUGCUUUGCCUUUUGUCUUACGGAAUCCGCCUGUUUUUCACGUGUUUCUGUUGUUGCAUUUUUUUCUUCUUAAAUUUCCUUCUUUUUUUUUUUGUUUUUCUUUUUGUUUUCUUUUGUAAAAUGUAAAAAAGGCAGUUCAUUUAUAUACAUUUAUCAAAAUCAUUGUAAUAACCCAACAAUGUAAAAUGAAUAACUGAUGUGACCAACAGCUUUUGAACAGAUUUAUUAUAAAUAAAUAUUUUGCCAAA